GGGAGCAGGGGAGAGAGAGAGGGAGAGUGAUGAGUGAGCAAUAGAAAGGAGAAGCCGGGUAGAGCGGGAGUGAGUAGAGACAUAGAGAAGGAGCCGGUGAGACGCCGAAGCACGUCUAACCAGGGGUGUCUUCUCUUUUUAUUUCCCCCUCCUCCCUGCUUCCCACCUGGGCUAGCAGCUCCCUCCAGGACCCGAUGAUUACAGGGCAGCUGAGCAAGCCACUGCUCUCCCUGCGCAGCGACAUGAGCGCGGCAGAGCUCCGGGCGGACGACAAAGCGGGCAGCCCGGACAGCGACCUGAACGACGAGCCCCUGCUCCUGUCCUCCGAGGCGGCGGACGGAGAGGGCACUCCCAACAAGCUGUACGGAGCUCGUGACGGUUCGGUCCAGUCUGACACCAGCAGCAGUCCUUCGGAGCAGAGUCACCUGGGCCAGUCCCACCCAGCAUUCCCAAUGGGUCCACAGUCUCUCCUGGUGGCCCAGCAGCUGGCCAACGCAGUGGGCGGCGUGAUGUCCGGGGGGGCGCCGGGCAUGAACCAGCCCAUCCUCAUCCCGUUCAACGCGGGCGGACACCUGGGGGGCCAACAGGGCCUCGUUCUCUCCCUGCCCACAGCCAACAUCCAGAGCCUGGUGGCUGCUGCCGCCGCAGGGGGCAUCAUGACGCUCCCCCUCCAGAACCUGCAAGCUACCUCGUCCCUGAGCUCCCAGCUCCAACACCUGCAGCAGCUCCAACAGAUGCAGCACCACCACCACCAGCAGCAGCAACAGCAGCAGCAGCAGCAGCAGCAACAGCAGCAACACCAUCACCAACAGACCCUCGCCCACGCCCAGAACCAUCGCAUGACCCCGCCCAGCCAGCAGCAGACCUCUAUCCCGUCUCCGGGCUCCACCUGCUCCUCCACCUCCGGACAGCCGCAGCACUCCCCGCCGCACCGGCCCAACCAGUCGCCGGCCCGCAGCCUUCCUUCGCCCGCCACCCCACCCAUGCCUUUGCCGCUGAAUCCAUUGGCCAGCCAGGCGGCGGUGGCAGCGGCAGCGGCCAUGGGAUCCAUCGCCGGGUCUCAGGUGUUCGGCAACACCUUGUCCAACCUGCAAGGAGCCACCGGACAGCUGGUCACCAACGCACAAGGACAGAUAAUUGGAACAAUCCCACUGAUGCCCAACUCUGCAGGGCCCUCCAGCCAAUCAGGGGGUGGCAACCCAGCACUGCAGGUACAGCCAAUUACACCUCAGCUUCUGACCAACGCUCAAGGCCAGAUCAUCGCCACGGUGAUCGGCAAUCAGAUCCUGCCUGUCAUCAACACCCAGGGAAUCACGCUGUCACCAAUCAAGCCUGGACAGCAGCUGCCUCAGACUCAGCAGGGUCAGACUGCAUCGUCUCAGCCCAACCUGCUCCACAUGCCCCACAGACAGAGCCCUCUCCACCAGGCCUCCUCCUCCUCCUCCACCUCCUCCUCUUCCUCGGCUCUCAGCGUGGGGCAGCUGGUCAGCAACCCGCAGACCGCCCCCAGCGAGGUGGACGGGGUCAACCUGGAGGAGAUCCGGGAAUUCGCCAAAGCGUUCAAGAUCCGCCGGCUGUCCCUGGGUCUGACCCAGACUCAGGUGGGCCAGGCGCUGAGCGCCGCCGAGGGCCCGGCGUACAGCCAGUCCGCCAUCUGCAGGUUUGAGAAGUUGGACAUCACCCCUAAAAGCGCCCAGAAGAUUAAGCCCGUUCUGGAGCGCUGGAUGGCCGAGGCUGAGGCCCGCCACCGAUCCGGCAUGCAGAACCUGACUGAGUUUAUCGGCAGCGAGCCCUCCAAAAAACGCAAGCGGCGGACCUCUUUCACCCCGCAGGCGCUGGAGAUCCUCAACAGCCACUUUGAGAAGAACACGCACCCCUCCGGACAGGAAAUGACGGAAAUAGCCGAGAAGCUGAACUACGACAGGGAGGUGGUGCGCGUGUGGUUCUGCAACAAGAGGCAGGCGCUGAAAAACACGAUAAAGCGCUUGAAACAGCCCGAGCUCGGCCCGGCGGCGCCCAUGGACCCGCUCGCCGAUCCCCCCGAGGAGCUGCCCAAAUGAACGGGGCUCUCAGGGGGGGGGGGGGGGGGCGAAG